AUGGCACUCGAGGAUGGUUUCAGCUACCUGAUUCCAGGCCACAGUGAGAAACACAGGCGGGCCCCCAACUGGACCGAUGGCGAAAUGAAAGCCCUCCUGUACGUGUGGGAAGAACACCACAACGAACUGAAAAUGAGCAAGAGGAACGCCAAGGUUUACGAGAAGAUGUCCCAGAGGUUUUUCCACCUCACCGGAGAACAUCGUUUCAAAGAGGAGAUCAAGAUGAAAAUCACCAACAUGUCUUUCCAGUACAGGAAAUUAAAAUCCAGCCUCACGGAAGGUUCAGAGAUACCUGACUGGCCAUACUACACGGCCAUUGAGAAGAUCCUCUCCAAGCCGCUGGAGAACGGGAGGGUGAACUCUGCGGAGUUACAAGCCUCCGCUGCAGGCCCGUCUACAUCGUCCCAGUCAACAGACAACCUGGCAUCCCAGUCAGAGGAAGGCAUGAUGGGAUACCUGCCCGAGUACACAGGCUCCUCAGACGAGAUGGAGAUCAAACAAGAGCUGGAGUCUCUGAGCUCCGACAGCGAACACACGCAGGGCUCCAGUUCCCAUCCUGCUCCACCCAGGAAGAAGCACAUUUUCAAGCACCUGUCCUUGAAGAAGAAGAAGCUGAGGCUCAUGCAGGCCACGUUACAGCAGCAAAGGAGGUCCAGCCGAGCCAUUGAGGAGACGUGCAGGGAGGUGCGUCGAGCUUUGCACCAGCAGAAUGUCCUCCAGGUCCAGUGUCUCCAGCUGCAGGAACGUAUGAUGAACAUUCUCGAGAAGAUGAUCCAGCCUCCCUCCAUCAUGCCAGGAUCCUGGAGUCAGUGCGGGGUCAAAGAUCCAGGGAAGCCGUGAGGUUUGAAUGUGUCCAACCUCACCUGUAGUUCCAAAAACACAGCUGUGCUUUAGGUUUAUCAGUGCAAGAAGUGUGGCAGCAUUUAAUGUCUUUAGGUGGCAGAAAUGACUGCAGAUGGUUUUAUAGUAAGUCUGGUUACCAGAAGAGUUUUCACCUUAAGGAUAGCUGUAUUAUGAUCCUUUAUCUUGAUUAUGGAGUAGCCUCAUGUACAUGUACUGUGAGAACAACAGGCUUGUCAGUUUAUAUUUUGGUGAUAGACGAUGGUUAGGUUUUGAUGCCAAAACAAAAUGUGUAGCAUUAUAAAUUACAUCUUAUCU